GCAUAAAAGCACGGCCAUUGCUUAGAGCAAACGCAAACAGAACUACAAGGCACUACUCCAAUUUAAAACCAUAUACUCGCCUUUUUAAAAUUAAAAUUUAUGCUUUGAUUUUUCCGUUCCUCAGGUCUUUAUAUUUUCGACUUCUUUUGAGGGUUUCUCAUACAUCGCUCUGCUCGAUUAAAAAUCUUCAAUCAAGCGGCGCUUUGUAUAAAUAUUGAUCGCUCUGUAAAGAGUUAUUUCAAUUUUGUUUGUCUGCCAUUUCACUCGGAUCGAUACCCGCGCAGCUAUGUCGAACAGUAAUCUGCCUCGCAGAAUCAUAAAGGAAACACAGCGUUUGCUCACUGAGCCAGCACCUGGUAUAAGUGCUUCUGCAUCCGAGGAUAAUUUACGAUAUUUCAAUGUGAUGAUCCUUGGCCCUGCUCAGUCUCCUUAUGAAGGGGGUUGUUUCAAGUUGGAAUUAUUUUUGCCUGAAGAGUAUCCAAUGGCAGCGCCAAAGGUUCGCUUUCUGACGAAGAUUUACCACCCCAACAUUGACAAGCUUGGUCGCAUAUGCCUGGAUAUUCUGAAGGACAAGUGGAGUCCUGCUCUUCAAAUUCGAACUGUUCUUCUGAGCAUACAAGCAUUGUUGAGUGCACCAAACCCAGACGAUCCACUCUCUGAGAACAUUGCAAAGCACUGGAAAUCAAAUGAAACUGAGGCUGUGGAAACAGCAAAAGAAUGGACAAGGCUGUAUGCAAGUGGGGCUUGACAUUCUAUAAUAAUUCUCUCCAUAUUACAAUUGUAACAUCUGUUACAGAGGCUUUUGGAAGAGUGCACUGUGUACCGGGUCUCUAUUUUAUGUGAACAAGAUUUGGUGUUCGUUAUCCUGUUGCAGAAAUCUUAAACUUUUAAUACAAUCAAGCAAAAAUCUGAUUGUGUUCAUGAGUUUUAAUUUAGUGGUUAGUUGGUUCUGGAGCCUUUUGAUCUGGAUUCUGCAUAUAGAACUUGUUCUACUUCACAUUUUCAAUGGUACAUCUAUCAAGGUUCCACUUGUAAUGAAUUUCCUUAUUCUUGUCUGGACACCUGUUACAUUCCACUUAUAGACAAAGAAAUACAUUAAUGAUCAUGGCUUGAUAAAUGAACAAUAUUGACUUGAAUGUAGUCAUAAAUUGCAGGUUGCACCUGGACAGGUUCUAAACUUAUGAAUUGCAGUGCAGUUAUGUAUUAAUGUAAGAUUUUGGAUGGUUGGAAUCUUAUAAGCAAAAUCUUUUUUUCUUUCAA